AUGUAUGUGAAAGAGUCAUACGAUGUGCUGAACAAAACAGUUGAUAGAUUGAAAAAGACGAAUUCAGAAAUCGAAAAUGCAAUGGAGAAAAUGAGCUCAACAUUGAUGAUGAAGCAGAAGGUCAUCAAUGAGUAUAUUGAAGACUGUGCUAAGCUCAAGCAGGAGUUAGAACUUCAAAAGAUUGAGAGUCUAGAGGCACUCAAAGAGGAAAAGACUGAAGAUACUAACACUGACAAAGAGAUCUUAAAAGCUAAAGCUUUUGUUGCUCAAAUUGUUAAAGAUAAUAGUGAUGAUUAUCUUACUGAUGAUUAUUGGUCAGAGAAAAUAAGAAAGUAUUUAGCAAAGAAAGAUGAAAAUGUUGAAGAAGAAGUUCGUGAGAUAAAGAAGCAGGAUAAAGAAAUUCCAGUAUUUGAGGUUAAAAAGGAAGCUGUUGCAGAAAAAGUGUCUGAAAAUUGUGAAAACUGUGAGACUAUGAAGAAGCAAAAUAGUGAAUUGAUUCACAACUUGAACAGGAUGAAAGAAUCAUAUGAUGUCUUAAGCAAAGCAAUGAAUCAAUACAACGAGUCAAGCAGUGAACAAGCUACAUCAAUGAAGACACUUAAAGGAGCGAUUUAUCCUAUAGUGGAAGUGGAAGACAUGAAGACAUUUGAAGAAGAAAAAUUUGAAGAGAAGGAUUCUGAAACAAACGAAGAUACCGAAGAGAAGACUUCUGGAACAUCAUCUGAAGAAGAAAAGCAGAAAGUGUUCAGAAAACAAUCAAACAAAUAA